AAAAGAGCAGGUCUAGACCACGCUCAUUGUUUGAUGACCCAUUGUUUGAUAACCAAGACCCAACCUUAAGAUGGGACAGAUUUAACCCAUCUCAUCUGACAUGAGUGACAGUGUCAAGGAAAAACUUCCUUUUAACAGGCAGAAACCUUGGGAAGGACCAGACUCAUGCCAGAUAGCCACCAAGCCGCUGCUGUGUUGGGGAGGAAUACAGAGAGAGAGAGGAGUAGGAGACAGGGGAAGAGAAAGAGAACAAGAUAGAGGGAAGGAGAGAGAGUGAGUAAGGCAGAGGGAGAACAGAGAACGAGGGUGAGAGAGAGAGACAGGAGACAGCAGCAACAACAACAACAGCUCAUGCAAAGUUGUGGUUGCAGAGCAAGUAAAGAUGAAACAAUAUGAAUCCAGUUUACAUGAUCGGAACAUAAGCAAUUAUGGACUAUGUUAAUUUAAUGUGAUUAUAAUCAGUAGGCCUAAUAAUAGUUAACUCUAGUUUUAUGUUAUUAAUGUCGGUGAGGCUGAUGUUCGUGUCUGCAGCAACAGUCCAGAGGAACCUAAGAGAAGAAGGAGCUCAGGGCCUGAGGCGGAUAAUCCAAAAUGAUGCAGCUGGAGUCUGGCAGGUCCGCAGCAGCUAACCGUCUGUAGCAUCAGUCCAGAGGAACCUAAGGGGAGAAGGACUCAUUGUCUGGAUGGCAGCAGAUGUUGUUCCUAAACAUGUAUAUGUUGUUGAUGUUCACUAACUUCACUGACACCUAGCUGUUUUAAAUACUUGGCUCUGAUUGGUCAAAACCCUAUGACCACUUCUGCUGGUAUUUCUCAACAACCAAGAUGCCAGAGACAACCUGAUCACACACAUAAAACCAUAAAGAAAACACAAUUACAGACACAGGUAAAUCAAUUGUUGAACUAUUAGCUAACACAGUUUCUCACAGAGUGGUGAAGCUCUGUCCAUCUUUGCUUCUAAGAGACUCAGCCUUUCUGAAUAUCCUUUUUAAACCAAGGCAGGUUACUAACCUGUUGGAAAUCCACCUCAUUUGUUGGAGAUGUUCUUCCAGGUGCUUUAUUUUUCUUUUUUAGCAUGACACAAUUUUUAUCUGUAAUAUUGUUCCUUUAUAACAACUAUUUACCUGUUCAGUUGUUCCUUUAUAACAAAUUUUUACCUGAUUGUGUGUUUCUCUUACAACUGUUUUUUUUUUAUUUUUAUUUUUUGUCUGGGUCAUUUUGAGGGUAGUUGAUUGCCUCAAGGUGCUGCCCUAGAGUGGGGUUUGGGUAAAAACACACUGUUUAAAAAUAAAGCAGGCUUUAAUCAAUCCCAAACGGAGAUUCAUUUGUUUGGAAUCUCAUGAAAAAAAAUUCUCGGGCAGGACACAUAACAAACUGUAAAUCUAGUCUCUAGGUGAGAGGAGAGGGUGACAUGGUUGAAGUCUUAUGGUAUUAUAGGUGCCUCAGGCUGUUGAGUCUUCAUCAUAGCAAUAGUAUCAUGGAAAAUACAUAUAUACAAGUAUUGUUAGGAUAUAGCUGAACUCCCUUGGAACAGAAUAUGAGCGAAGGGAAACUGCAGACACUCCAUAACCUGGAUAACAAAACUUCUCCUUGACUGUUACGUGUGAAGAGUUACACCAUCUCUGGUUGACCAAUAAAGCUAGACCUCCUCCUUUCUUCUCCUCUGGAGUCCGAGUUGUUUUGAUUCAACCAGAUUUCAGUAAAACACAGGAGACUGCGCUCACAGGAUGCUUUCUCAGUCUUCAUUAAUAUCUCAAUCAUAUUGCUUUUUUUAGGUAGAGAGUUGACGUUCCCCAUGAUGACUGGUGGAAGAAGGUAAACUGAUGUAAAUGCUGGCGAGGUUUUCAUACAGUGUUGAUGGUUUUAAAUACAUACUGUCCACAUCAAAGAUGCUGAAAUGUCUUUGUCGUGGAGUAGAGGGUACGCCUCAGAGUUCCUGGUCCGACUGGAGGAGUAAAUAAAUGAAGGUGUGUGCAGUUCAAAUCUCGCUCAGAUAUUUUCAUCACAGCUGAUUCUCUGUCUGCUGUCUGAAGAUGAUGUCUGAGGGGAGACCUCAUCCAACCUGAGGGAUCACUGUGAACCUCAUCAUGCUGAUACUGUGUUUAUGUGUCUGUCUGUCUGUUUGUUUGUUUGUUUGUUUGUUUGUUUGUUUGCUUUCCCUGCUGUGUUUUUUCAGUGACCUUUGUUUGAGGGUGUUGAUGGUGGGUGGGGAAGCUGAUGAAGUUUGUGCUCAAUAGAAGCGGUCAGUAUAUUAAUGAUCAGUGGAACAAUCCAUGCACUCUGUGUUCCUCUGCUGAUAUUAAAAUCAGGUGGAUCCAUUCAGACUCAUUCAUCUACCACAGGAUUAACGUUUUUAAACUCUGAAGUUUAAAGUGUGGAAACAGCCAUAGGGAAAAUGUCCUCUUCCGUGUGUAUGAAUUUUGAUUUAAUAACUUGAUGGAGCUAGAGAGGUUCUGCAAAGAAGAAUGGGAGACCCUGUCAAAAAAUAGGUCUGCCAAGCUUGUAGCAUCAUACUCAAAAAAACUUGAGGCUGUAACUGCUGCCAAAGGUGCGUCUACAAAGUACUGAGCCAACACUGUGAAUACUUAUGUACAUGUUAUAUUUUUGUCCAUUAUUUUUGAUACAUUUUUUCAAUUAAAAAAAAAAUAACUUUUUUGAACAUUGACAUUAUGAGUAACUGUGUGUCAAAUUUUGAGGUAAAACAUGAAUUUAAUCCAUUUUGGAAUAAGGUUGUAACACAAAGAAACAUAAAAAAGAGAGUGGUGCUGUGAAUACUUUCAGGAUGCACCGUAAAGUGGUAAUUUUGUUUUGGGGUUAGCAGCUAGCCUCUUGUACUAAAAUGAGGAUUGUGUAGCAUUUGUGUAAAGAGUCUCUAAUAUUUUGGCGCCUCAGCAUCACAUUGUUUUAAGUAUCAGGUUGUUCUCUUACCUGUCCAGUAAAAAACUGACUUCAGCAUCUUCAGCGUCGCUCACCAAACAUAAAUUUGUGAUUCCGAAACACUGAUGUAAACAAGCAUUUUCUGCUUUCUCCCAUCCUGAUCUGAUUUUACUGCUUAAUGUUACUGUAAUGUUUUUGAUGAAAACUGUUAUUCAUUCAGAUUCAUGUGAUGCAUGAUAAUUGUAUUCCUAAAUUAUUUUGGUUAUUACGAUGAGAAAUUAUAUUAACAAAUUCAGUUGAGCACAAAAACAACAAUUAGGGUUCUUACUCAGUCCCCUCCAUUGCCCUGCCCUGUUUUUUUCUACUGAUGAUUUUUGAAUCUGGUUAACGAUUAGACCAUCAGACAAAUACAAAGGACAGUAAUGAAAAUCUUUGAGCUGUAACUGGCUACUGGCUGUUAAGUAUAAACUUACUUGAUGUCUGUAGAAUAAAAAAAAGGUAACAAAAAUAGAUUAUUCACUGAAACCUCCACAGGGAGAAUCAUAUCUGUGAUAGGGCUGAUUGUCACUUUAAAUCCAGGUGUCUAAAGGUUGAUUAUUUUUUGACUCAAAGGGAUAUUUCGGCGUAAAAUUAAUUUAGAGUCAAACACACUGUAACACUGAGUUAGGCACCCCCUCAAGAGAUUAAUGGUGCAAACCACUUGCUUCUCUAGUUAUACCAACUUGAGUAACGACCGCAUGAUAGCAACACACAGCGGUCUGAGGAGCCACACACAAACCUCAAUCAAAAAGCCACUCUAUAGCCACAAAUAAUGCUCAGAACAGCACCUAACGUCAUUAUCAAUACAUAUAGGGUCCCAGCCAUAGUACUAGCCACCAAAUAUCUUAUAAACUCACCCACUCUCUUCCAGCAGCCGCUUGUUUGUAGCGAGACCUUGGGCCAGUCCAUUACAAACUACAGCGGGGUGACACAGCUCAAGGAAGAACAUUUAUGAUAAUUUCUUUAUAAUUUCCUUGAAGUAAUAUUCAUCAUAUUAAUCAUUUUGCACUGCAGACACGGUAGUUCUUCUGCCUUAGCGUCUCUGUCUGAUUGCAUUUCCAUGAAGAAAUGAUCGUAGAUGUAUUAUCCCUUUAUGUAUCCCUUUAAAAAUAAGAGUAUGCUUUUCCUUUUAUUUAUGAAUGGUAUAGAUCAAGAAGAAUUCACUUAAGAGUAAACAGUGUAAGGAUCAUAGACUGUAUAUGGUGAGGACCCAGGCAGGUCUCCCCUACCUUUUCUUACCUGUCCACUUAAUCAGGUGGUCUGCAAGUCUUGUGUCUUUAUUUUAUAGUUUAUGGUGACUAUAAAAUCUAAACACCUGUAGAGCCCAGACCUCACCUGACACAUGCGCAAAGCCAUCUACCACUCAGCUCACAGCAGAUCCGUAAGAGCGUCAGCCAUCAGUAACUAUGGCAACCAGCCUGCGAGAGGCCGCCAUCUUCAUUCACACACGCGCGCGCACACACAUCAUGAAUGUGUUAGGUAUGUAUGUGUUAUGGGCUCUGAGCUUUUCUGCUCUCAUAGUGUUUCCACAGACUGAAACCCCUUUUCCCUGUUUUAUUUAUUUAUUUAUUUUUUUUUUUUACUUCCGGUCCUCACCUCUUGGAGGACGGGGGUGGGGUGGGAGUGGGUUGGGUUGGGGGGGGACUCUACAGUCAAUGGGGGUGAGAGACUGUGGGCAUGGAGAGGUGGAACGUCAAGUUAAACAGGAUACGACAGAGGAAACACGGAAACGCCUUUGUGGGCUACUUACCUUCAAAAUAAAAGUGAGGGUCGCUGCUGCAGUGAGCAUGAACUGUUUAUCUACUCACAUAAAAAUGAAAAGUAAAGAUGCAAGGUAAAUAAAGUACAUGAAGGUGUUUGAUACAACCACAAAAUCCAACCUUUAAAGGGCAGGUGUGCUAAACCUUUAUAUUUUUAUUUUUGCAUAUUUAUCAGCUCAAUUUUACGGUUGGUCUACAUAAACACAGAUGUCAUAUCAACUGAGAAUUGUACGAUUUUACACACAAUAUGUUGAAACGUUUUAAAUGUCUACAUAUUUAACACAAUAUGGCUGAUUGACUCAGCAGGAAGUUUACAAUGGAAGCAUAUGUGUGCCAAACCAAGGUACGUCAAAAUCUUCAUAUCCAAGUAGUCCUGAUGUGAAAAUUUGCACAUCCUUUUUAUAAGACUAGGUUUAAGUCAGAAAUCUGUCCAUCAAGUGGAAAUCCUGCACUCUGUCGAACCCUUAAAAACACCUCAGUUUGGUUCUGAAACACUUGCUUUUAUGUUUUCGACAUAUUUUUGCAUCAUAAUAAUAAUAAUAAUAAUUUUUUAUUUAACCUUUAUUUAACCAGAUAAGUUCCACUGAGAUGAGGAUAUUAUUUAGACCCAAAAGGUUGACCUGGCUAAGAGGUCAGCAGCACAGGUCAUAGGCCUAUAAAAGCGGAUUAUAGUACAGUCUAUGGUCAUCACUAGAUCAGUAUAGCUUGAAUUGUGCAAUUAAAAUGGGGAGAUUUGUUGUGUAAAGAAAAUAAAGAAUGCCCGAAUUUUUAUUCCUCUUGUGUUUCCAGAGAAGGAUUAACGGCGCUUUACUUUGAAAGGGUUCGGGAAUCGUGUAUUUUUGCACAGCUCUACCUUGAUGGUGAAUCUGUUCCGCUUCUGCGGAAAACACCUCCGACCAGAGGCAGCAGGAGCCGGGAUCAGAGGAGCGAGGUCCUCGGAGGCGACUAUCGGUGAUCAUUUCUUCUCAUUCCAAUCAAACUGAUCUUUGAUUGGUGUUAACGGCUCACGGAGGACACGCACACUUACUCUGUCACUCACACACACAUACACACUCACACACUGACAGAUACACACACAUCUGUGUGAGGGGAAUUAGCACUCAGAGGAGACGACAUCUGGCUGAAAAGAGACGGUGAGCAUCAGGCUGAUUCUGAUCCGGAUUGAUCCCACCAGGACCGAGUUCGAGAUUUACUGUAAGAGGACGGUAACCGGAUUAAAAGCGGGUUAAUGUGGACACAACGAGGAGCCGAAGUGAUCCGAUUAAAGUCCAGAUAAACAGAGAGCAGCUUAGAGAUGCUAAAGCAGCCAUUAAAACAGGUCUUUUCAGAGUCAAAGUGAUCCUCCAUCACUUGACUGAGUCCAGUCUGCUCGCCUGACAGCAGCUGCUCGUGCUUCAUCCAGAAGGCUCAGGUUUUGACUGUUUUCCUCUUUCCACACAGUUAGUGAGAGAGCAACAUGUAGCAGAGGAGGCCUGCAGCUCACAGUCUGCACACUGUGUGCAAAACACCUGAGGAUGAGUCUGAAUGUCUCAGCUGUCUGCAGGGUGAGGUCGAACCUCAGGUCUGAACCAAGGUGUAACCCCAGGUCUAAGCUUAGAUCUAAGCCCUGGUCUAAACUCAGGUCUAAACUAAGGUAAUCCUCAGGUAGAUGUGACUUAUCAUCAGGCUGCAAAAAGGAAAAUCUGCAUAGAGUAAAUGAGUAUUUUUGGUUUGUGGUUUUUCAAAACAAAAGUCUCGACUCAUCAGAUGAAUGUGGUGUGUAAUGAACUUCAUCAAAAGUUGGUUUGGAGCAUCAGUCUGCACACACCUUUCAUGUUAGGGUCUGAGGUUCAGAGGAGGUCAAAGGUUACUCAUACUGAGCGCGCUCUGUCACUAAGGUGUUGGUAUAUGAUGUUUCCUGUUGUGGGUGGAGCUGCUGUGACGCAGACUAACCAAACUCUCUGCUGUCUCUCCCUCAGGUCAUGUGACCUUCAGGGUCCCUCCUGUGAGUGAGCCGCUCUGUCAUGUGUAAGGAUGGGGAAGGCCAGGAGAAGAGAGGAGGAGUCAUGUCUGCAGCGGGGAUGAAGGCGAGUGGGUGUGUCUGAUGUGAGGAAUGAUGAUGUGAGCGGCUUUGGAUGGAGUGGUCAGAGUUCCAGAGAGAGAAGAAGACAUGGACACGGCGUGCUGAUCCAUGACACCUCUGAGGAGACUGAGCAGAACAUACACACACAGGUGAUGCACACCUGAGACUGCAGCCUGCACACACACACAUACACACACACACAUACACACACAGCUGUACAGCUCUACAGCAUCCAGCAUGCCCAGGAACAGGGCCUUCUCAGAGCCUGAGUACUCUGCUGAGUACUCCGCAGACUGCUCGGUGACCCUUCCCUCUGACCCCGGACAGGCGGUUGGUCGGACUCACGAGGUGACGGUGCGGAGCUCGGGCUGCUGCCUCUGUCUGCCGCGCUUCAUGCGUCUCACCUUUGCCCCCGAGUCUCUGGAGAACCUGUACCAGACGUACUUCAGGCGGCAGAGGCACGAGACGCUGCUGGUGCUGGUGGUGUUUGCCGCACUCUUUGACAGCUACAUCAUCGUCAUGUGUGCAGUGAUCUACACCUCUGAUAAGUUGGCCUCUGUGCUGGUGGCCUCUUUCGGACUGGCGGCAGAUGUGGCGCUCUACCUACUGUGUCGGUUUGGGCUGCUGCCUGACCGUGUGACCAGGCGGGUGGUGCCCUACGCCCUGUGGGUGCUCAUCGCUGCACAGAUCUUCUGUUACCUGGGUCUGAACUACGCCCGUUUCCACCAGGCUUCAGACACAGUGGGCUGGCAAGCCUUCUUCAGCUUCUCCUUCUUCCUCACGCUGCCGCUCAGACUUACACCUAUUGUUCUCAUCACUACUGUGUCCUGUGGGGUCCAUACCCUGGUGCUGGGAGUCACCAUCGCUCAGCAGCAGCAGGAGGAGGUCCAGGGGGCGGCGCUGGGGCGACAGGUAAGACACCAACAGGUGGAUGUAUUUAUACAUGUUUGUGUGUCAUUUUUAAAGAGCUGGAGGCUUUAACUUCACAAAAAGAUGGAGGAAAUUAUCCCAGCUGUUUCCACCAAUCAUAGAGUUAACUCAGGGUUAAUAAGAGGUCACCCUCAGGACCACAGACACCUUACCUGAAUCUAGAAAGGAUUCUUCUGAUAAUUUAUCUUCCAUUCUUGGUCCUCUGAUGUCUUUUGGAAUCAGAUCAUCAGAAAACAGUUUCUACUGAUGAAUAAGUGGAUGAGUUCAAGCAACAGCUCAGGGUUAUUUUCAACUCCUCACUUUAACAAAUAAGGAUGUUGUGAAGAAGAGCAGCUGACACCAUCAGACGUUACAUGUAAUCUGAGCAGAGUUUGACUUCACAGAGACAAUUUAAUAUCUCCAGAAAUGAUGAUUUACAGCAGGAACUAUCUCAUCGAAGAAUGACUCAGCACAAAAUGUAAUCCAAAUCAGACGCAGGCGUCUUACUUCUGGUUUCUUCUGACUGCACAUUUCAGCAUGUUCUUAAAAGAGGUCAAUACUUCAAUCAUAUCAAAUUAUCAUAAACCCUCUCAGAAGUUGGCAAAAAGACAGGAGAGUUUAUGUUUCUAAUUUAUUUACAGUCAGGACUCUGCAUGAUAUGUUGAUCAAAUGGAUGUUGGCAGUUAGCAAAUCCUAUAAACGUGUUAAAACUGAAUUGGCUCAGUGUUACAAAUGUUAAAAUGAAAGAUGUUAUUUUAUAACGAAAAAUUUAUUGUCAUUUAAAUUUAAUGAAGCAACAUGUUUGUAAAAGCUUUCAAAGGAGUAACCACACAGGUGAAAGUUGUUGUAAAGGAAAAACCAAACUGAUAAAAAAGAUGUCAAAAAAAAAAAAGCUUAAGGAUGGGAAGAAUGGGUUAAUGUGUGUGAGCAGGUUGUCUUGGUUAAGUCUUGGUUGUUGAGAAAUACCAGCAGAAGUGGUCAUAGGGUUUUGACCAAUCAGAGCCAAGUGCUUAAAACAGCUGGGUGUCAGUGAAUUAGUUAACAUCUGUUGAAAUCAGUUUUACUAUUUGUUCUCCAGCUGCUGGCGAACAUGGUGAUCUACGUGUGCUCCAUCACGGUGGGCGUCAUGUCCUACUACAUGGCUGACAGGAAACACCGCAAAGCUUUCCUGGAGGCCCGACAGUCUCUGGAGGUCAAACUCAACCUGGAGGAGCAGAGCCAGCAGCAGGUCAGACUCAAAUCACAACCAAACAACAAAAUAACAACAACAACAACAACAAUGAAACAACAACAUUACAGAUAACACCAACACAUGAAUGGAACAACAAGAUGCAACAAAACAGCCAAAAUAUAACUUAACAACAAAAGUGAUGCUACAAAUAUCAUACAUGAGAAGAGCCAGCCACGGGUGAGAGACAACAACGCAAUUAAACAACAACGACAGAGUAUCAAGACACAACAAAAAUUCAACAAAGCAGAAAAAAAAGACAUAACCAAAAAAAAAGAAACUGGAGAAGCUGAUACAGUAACAGGUCAGACACACUCCAAAAAACCACCGUACUGAAACGACAACACAACAACUCCUCUUCAACAAUCCAACAACUGUGUUUGUUUAAGCUGGUCCUCCAUCAGCAGUGGCCUGGUCAGUCACACCUGUGGCCGCAGGGUUUCCUCCAUCAUGACUAUUCCUGGAACAGAUGGUUAGCACAGGGGGCAAGCAAGGGAACAGGAAACAGGAGAGAGAGAGGAGGUGUGUGUGUGUGUGUGUGUGUGUGUGUGUGUGUGUGUGUGUGUGUGUGUGUGUGUGUGUGUGUGUGUGUGUGUUAUAGACUGCCAGUGAGGAAAAGAUCAAAUUUGUCCUGACAAAUUCACUAUUGAAGAACAAACCUCCGUAAUACUGGUGUAGCAGCAGGGGUUGAUGGGAAACUAGGUCCACUGACCAAUCAACAAGCAUCUAAAGGCUGCUGGUUUCUAUGGCAACCAGCCUCUUGAGAUGGUGCCAGCUGUAAUCACAGGGGCUCACUGUCAGGGCCUGAUAAGAGAGAGAGAGAGAGAGAGAGAGAGAGAGAGAGAGAGAGAGAGAGAGAGAGAGAGAGAGAGAGAGAGAGAGAGAGAGAGAGAGAGAGAGAGAGAGAGAGAGAGAGAGAGAGAGAGAGAGAGAGAGAGAGAGAGAGAGAGUGUGUGUGUGUGUGUGUGUGUGUGUGUGUGUGUGUGCCCUAAAUGAAAUGCGUAUAUAUAGGUGGAGUCUGUGAGUGUACUGGAGGGUUUCUGUUUGACAGAUCAGCGCUGCCUGUGUGAAUCUGUCUGUAAAUCUGUCUAUGUGUGUGUAAAAGAGAGAGAGAGUGACAGUGUGUGUGUUCUGUCCAGAAACAAACCUGUGUGUAUCUCCUUUUCGCUGAUUCCUUCUGUUUCAGCAUCAAACUCUUUAUUUUCUUGUAUUCUGGUGUAUUUUUGUGCACCACUUUUCUUGGAAUUGCCGGACUGCUGCAGAAAAAUAAUGUCUGUUACUCGUUGCAUGUUUGCUAAAUUUUAUACUGUAGAGAAAAAAAACGUCUUCGUCCAGGGUAAGUGACAAGGCUGGUUCUCUUCUCCUUCUAAAACGAUUAAUAAUCCAUGUUCUUAUUAGAGUUUGAAAGAUAAUGCUUUUGCUGAAGUUGUCAACAUUUGUGGUAUGUUGCUGCUUUGUAGACUGAAUCCUUUAACUAUCAAUACAGUUAGUGAUAUGUGGAGCUGUUUACACGCUGACUGUAGCCUGUUAGUCUUCAUGAACUCUCCCCUCUGUCCCUGCCUCACUUAAUAUUUAAAUCAAUAAGGUGUUUUGACCUUUUGUCCUUUAAUUGUCAACAUGCAUUCCCUUAAGGACCCGUGCCAUUAACAUACUGUAAACAAGACGUGAGGACACCCAAUUUAAAUGAGAUUAAUAUUUGCACCAUUUUACAUAUGCACCAUAUUAUUCUCCAACAGUGACAAAAGGAAAGAGGCAGGAAGAGCUCAGCAGAUGGCCACUUUUCACACUGACUUCAACUUUGAACUGUUGAUGAUCCAAAUUGGAUCAAAUAAACCUCUUCCACACAUGCUCUCCUGGAAAUAGCUCGAGAUUUCUCCCGGCUCUGCCCCAAGAUUAUUCUGAGUUACUUGUUUACACAGGUCUCUAAAAGCAUGAAGUCUAAAUCAUAGGAGUGGAUAAUGAGUCUCAGGAGGUAGAAAGUGACAUCUAAAUCAGUGUAUUAGAGCCAAGGUAGGGUGCCUCCACAUGAGGAAGCUGCCGUGAGCUCCUCUAUGAGUCUAAAGUUUUUACAUUUAUAUCAGAGUGACAGCAGGGCAGACAUCCGAACUCUCCUCUCCAGCCUCUCUUGUUUUUGUUCAUCUGGUUACAUGUCACUCUCCAGAGCUCACCCUGGUCAUAUGUCAUAGCAGUACAUAUACGACCCUGUGGAUUCAGUUGUUCUGUCUGUGAGCCAUGGAAGCUGGUGCAUUUACUUCCAGAUUUAGCUGAAUGCAAAGAAGUAACAGUAAAGAGUGGUGCAAAGCUGCUGCUCUUCUCUGACCACAGCCUGCUUGACUCUGGCCUACUUAACACAGGGCCAUCAGCAUCCUUUUUAGUUCAUUUGUAAUAUAAACAAACUGUGAACCAAACUUUGCUAUGAGAAGGGAUCUUAAGGUCACUCUUCCAAGUUGGCCAUUAAAAUCAUCAGAUCUACAAACAGAUUACAGCCCUUAAAAUACAGUAAAAAAAUCAUGAGAUAAUCCUUAACAGAGGAAUGAGUCGUAGAGACCCAAACUGUCUUUGUACCAGUCUGUAAAUAGGGCUGGGCGAUAUGGGAAAAGGUUUCCACAAUAUAUUUUUUCAUAUUAAUCAAUAUCGAUAUGUAUCACAAUAUAAAAAAAUCACUUGUCAAUCCUAAAUAUUCUCAGUUAACACGUACUCAACAUAAUUUGCAGUGCACACUACUCUGCUUCAUGCCUGACCUCAAAAAAACAAAAUACCUCCACACCACCGACAUUUUCAUGUCAGUGUUGUCGACGAUGUCAUCAUCUGUUGAGCCUUCAUCUGCAUUUCUGCCAGGGGUAGCACUCAUUUUCUUUUUUUUCUCACUGACAGUGCUGUCGGUUGCGUGUAGCUGCAGCCUGGUACUAUGCAGUUGUUUGCUACUUGGUUCUAAUUUAGCACAUGAUCGGUUCAGCGCGGUGCGGAACAACUCCCCUUUUCAUUGGCUAUUCCUAUAGUCUACCAAAACAUGGCAGAAUGCCGGCUAUCGAAAAGCAUAUUGACCAUGUUUCAUAUCGAUAUUGAGGGAAAUAAACUUUCGAUAUAUAUUGUUAUUGUUUUAUUGCCCAGCCCUAGCUGUACACAUGUUUAAUACUGCUGUGAAGUUGGGCUUUUUAACAUGGAGCUCUAUGAGGACAGACUCACUCCAGGACAAAGCUUCUCGUGGCCACAGGAGGAACUGCAGAGGUCAAGACUUCCACAUUGGCUGACUCUUUAAGAGCAGAGGUUGGCACAUCAGGGUGACAGUAUUGUGGACAUGUUUGAAGAAACAGCUGAUUACAGCUCAGUGUCAGGAGGGAGUGACUUUAUAUAUUCAGCCUUUACACUAAGCUAAUCUAAGACAGGCGAACCACCUCUCUUUGCUGAUUCCUAACAAAGGUUUGGUUCUCUUUCUCUUUGUCUCUAUCUGUGCCCCCUCAGGAGCGCCUCCUGCUGUCUAUCCUGCCGAAGCACAUCGCUGAUGAAAUGCUGCAGGACAUGAAGAAGGAGCCCAGUCAGAAGGAGAUGCAGCAGUUUAACACCAUGUACAUGUACCGCCAUGAGAAUGUCAGGUAACCCACAGCCUUAGCACAUGUCCUACCUGCUGUUCAGAGACACUCUGAUUGAAUCUUUAGAUGGUCCACUUGUGUUUACAAGUCCUCAAGACUUGAUCAGGGACUCUAAAGCAAAGUCUCUUUAAGCAUAAAUCCUAAAACAAAGUCUGUCAAAUCUAAAUUCACAUCUGAAGCAUCAGAUUUUUGGACAGGUAUUAAUUUCAAAAUUAUUCUCCUGACUGUGUGCACAGGCACACACACAGAGGAGAUAACUACAGGAGUUUUGACUCUGUUUCUGUAUACUAACAUCAAUCUCAGGGAUGCUAUUGGGUGUUUUACAGAUUCAGGCAUUAGUCUCAUCAGGAAUCAAUCUGGUUAACAUUAAAAGCAAGUAAUCAGUUUACACACAGACUCCAGCAGAGCAGAGGGAGGCAGACAGAUAGUGAUAUCAUGUAAUCAUCACUACUGCUUACCUGCUGCCAACAUCAUAGGUGACAACUGUUUGGUACAAGAGGUCAACAACCAUCUUGGAUGUUUUCAUCCUGAUUUGAACCUUUUACUCGUGACUCCAAGCGAUGGGGGAAAGCAGACAACAAGGGGCCACAGGAACCAUUUAGUUCUUCAAGAGCAGUCCAUGGAACUUAAAGUUCUGGGUACUUUCAGUCAAAUAGCACCUCAAUCUGUUUCUGUGGGGCACUGUAAAAAUAUCUUCUACCUUAACAUGUCUCCUGUGUGCAUUUUGUGUAUGUGUGUGUAUUGUUUUUCAGCAUCCUGUUUGCAGACAUUGUGGGUUUCACUCAGCUGUCGUCGUCCUGCAGCGCUCAGGAGCUUGUCAAACUGUUAAAUGAGCUCUUCGCUCGCUUCGAUAAACUGGCUGCUGUGAGUUUAAAAUAGUAACACACACUCUGACCCCAGUCCCUUUCACACUUACAGACAUCUGAGAACUUUAACCCACGUAUUUAGAUUUUCAUCAUUAACUAUUAUAGAGAAUGAUCAGAUGCUAUGACUUUUGUUUGGUUUGCUUUGGUUUAGUUUAGUUUAGUUUGGUUUGGCUGUGUUUAGUUUAGUUAAGUCAAGUUUAGUUUAGUUUUACUUUAGUUUAGUUUAGUUCAGUUUUAGUUUAGUUUAGUUUAGUUUAGUUUAGUUUAGUUUAGUUUAGUUUAGUUUAGUUUGGUUAGGUUAGGUUAAGUCAAGUUAAGUUAAGUUAAGUUUGGUUUGGUUUGGUUGUGUUUAGUUAGGUUUGGUUUGGUUUGGUUUGGUUUGGCUGGGUUUUGUUUAUUUUAUUUUAGUUUAGUUUAGUUUAGUUUGAGUAAGUUUAGUUAAGUUACAUUAAGUUAAGUUUAGUUUAGAUCUGUUUAGUUAAGUUUAGUUUAGAUUAGCUUAUUUUACUUUUCUUUACUUCAGUUGAUUUGAUUUGAUUUGAUUUGAUUUGAGUUUAGUUUUAUUUGGUUUGGUUUAGUUUAGUUUAGUUUAGUUAAGUUUGGUUUAGUUUAGAUCAGUUCAGUUUGGUUUGGUUUAGUUAAGAUUUGUGUAGUUAAGAUUCGAUCAGUUUAGAUCAGUUUACUUAAGUUUAGUUUUGAUCAGUUUAGUUUAGUUUAGUUUAGAUCAGUUUACUUUACUUAACUUUACCUGAGUUUAGUUUAGGUCAGUUUACUUUACUUCACUUUACCUUAGUUAAGUUUAUGCUAGAUCAGUUUAGUUUAGAUCUGGACCAGUUGCUCUUUUCAAACCUGCUAAACUAGGUCUGAAAAAUGAAGUUUGUAUCACAUUGUGCGUAUGAGAGUGCACAGCUUUGUGCAGCAGAGACAAGCUAUGCUGACAGGUCAUCUCAACAAUCGUGCAAAACAAGAUCAAAUUGCACAGAGUGGCAAAGCUUUACUGGUGUGAUUGAGUUUAAUUAUUACAGCAGGGUAGAUGAUGCACAAAUAUUGGUACUGUGAGCAGCCUUUGUCCAUUCACAGUGAAGUCACCACAUCUUGUUAUAAUUUCAAUAAAUUUGAGAUGAGGCAGUAUUUAUCUGUCUGACAGUCCAUGAUAAAAACAUUAGUGAAAUUAAAUGUGGAUCAGAAUGAAGGAAAUAAUAUGUGUUCAUAAGUGCAAUAAUUAGUUGAGAUAUAGUAAAUGUUUUGAUGAUAGUGAUAAAGUCUGCAGACACUGUAGACAGCCAUGUCUGUGUGUUUGCUAUCAAACAAUGUCAACAUCCCCCUGGAUGAUAAAGCUGUUUUUCCAUCACUACUGACAGCAUGUCAAAUCUUAAACACCUGCCAGCUUGGGUUUAGUAUCAGAUCUGCUAUGGUAUUAGAAUGAUGCAGUUUAAUAUUACCUCUGACAUAAAUAUCAGUCAUGUUCUGAAAUCUAUAGCCAAAUACGAAUAGGUGUUAUUAUUCUUUUUCUAUUGUCACGUUUGAUGAAAUACAAGGAGAAAAAAAUGCAAUCGACAGUACAAAACCAUUGGUCAGUCUGCUUUUUGAUUAUCCACAUCUGCUGCUGAAAAAGUGAUAUUGCUCCACCACUUUGGUAACAUUGAAGUUUUGUGAUCACAUUUAUAGAGUUAACUGUGACUGUGUGCAAAGGUCCGGACUCAUUCAGGUCUGUGUUAGUACUAGUCCAGCUGAACAGACCUCUGGGCUUCCUAUAACACAUGUGAAAUACUUCUGUCAUACCAGGUGGAAGCUAACACAGGUAUUUCUCUCUCUCUAUCUCUCAGAAAUACCACCAGCUAAGGAUAAAGAUCCUGGGCGACUGUUAUUACUGUAUCUGCGGUCUGCCUGACUAUAGGGAGGACCAUGCUGCCUGCUCCAUCAUGAUGGGCCUGGCCAUGGUGGAGGCCAUCUCGUGAGUACUGGGCUGUGUGUGUGUGUGAAUGACUGUGCUGAGGGUUUUGAUGCGCUGGCUCAUUGAUCUCCCUGAUGGACAGAUAUUGACUUUGGCUGACAGUCAGAGGUUAAUAACGUCAGAUUGAUGAUGAUGAUGCAAUGUUUUGGUCUGACUCCAGACUGAGAGGAUGAAUGAGGAUGGAUCAUCUUUUUUUGUUUUUGAUAACAUGGACACAUCACGAACGUGUUUUUACAGCACAGGAACUUGUAGAGGUCAUCAGUGUGACUCUGUUGCAUCACAGGAACUCUGCAGACAGAGUCCUGAUCUAAAUGGAUGGAUACUCCUCUGAAAGGUUGGUUUUAGUGGAUGUAAGGUAACCCAACAAAAUUUCAGGUUCAUGGUUGCUCUAACACUUACCACUCAGUGUGUGUGCACAAAGAGAAAAAAACCCACUCGUUAGUUUGUGAAUAUGACACUGACCAGUCUUAAUCAUUCCAGUAGCAGGGAUCUAUCAGUUGCUCUUACAGCAAAAUGAGAUCUAACUGCACAAACUCACCUUUUGCAGUUUGGACAUAAACUUCUCAUUUUCCUUCCACUUUCUUUGCCAUGCUCAGGUAGCUGGACAACAGAGUGACGAUAAACCAUAUUCAUGACUUAAGUUAUAGUUAUAUAUCAGACUUCACUGAGUCCUGCCCAUAGACUGUAUAAAGAAUGGACAGCGUCUGCCUCCUUGCUGGGUGAAGCCACUCUGAGAACAGCACCCUCUGUUGAUGGGCUGCAGUAUAGGUCAUAAAUCCCGCCUCCGCCAGCAAAGCUUAUGGGGCUGUGGACAAACUUUAGAAAUUUAUUACAAAGAACAUACAUUUUUUCCCCCCUGUGUGCGAUGUUGACAUGUAGUUAUUGUAACACUGGUUUGUGCUCAAGUCCUCUUUUUUCUGUGAAGCUCCAUUUUUAAAAGUUAUUAGGGGGUUCAUGUUUUCUAUGAUUGACACCUGAUACAGCCUAUUGGCGUUCAGGGAUUGCGUAGCUCACCCGGGGAAUACACUGUUUGAGCCGAGCGUCAUCACAGCAACUCUCUGCGACUCCCCCGCCAAAUGCGCACAACGCUACUGCACAGUGCUGGUUUCAGGAAAUGAAGAAAAGUCCUGGAAAUACAGAGAGCUUUUUGGCUUCAAAUCCGUAUACAGGCAGGAGGCGGAACCAAAUUGUUCAUAGUAUAUACAGUCUAUGGUCCUGCUGGGGAAGUAGUAUCAAACACAAAGAUGCAGGACAUUUGAACAAACUGGUGAAAGUCUGGCUCUGUGGUUGGAGUCAAGCUGGACUCACUGAAGGAUGUGGUGGAGAGAUGUACACUGAGGAAGGUGGAGACUAUUCUAAAGAACAUGGAUCACCCACUUCACAACACCUUGAUGGACCAAAGGGCCUAUGGUGGUGGAUGGCUCCUCUCUCUUUGCUGCAGGACAGAUUCAGAAGAUCUUUUGUACCCACAGCCAUCAGACUUUACAACUCUUCUGUAAAUAGUAGAUGACUUUUUGAGACAUGACAACUGAGACUACAAACAGUUGAAUUUCUCUUUGGAGAUCAAUAAAGUUAUUCUUAUCUUACCUUAUGUUAGUUGAAUGCUUAAAUGGUUGUCAUAGUAACAAGUGGAAAGUCCCUAGUAACACAGGGUCACUUAUUCAACCAGAACUACGAUGUCUGGCUGCACCCCUCUUAAGGUGAUGUGAAAAGAGACCCCAUCAUAAACAUAAGCUUUUUAAAGUAUUUGUCUGUAAAGUCAUCGUUCUACUUGUGCAAAUAGUUCUCCUUUCCUUUAGCCAAUGGGCUCUCAAAUGUGUGUUUGUUUGUUUGUUUGUUUUUUUAACUUUAACUAUAACCUCUUGUGUCUCUGAACAUGUCUGUCUAUAGAGUCUGUGUAGUUAUUCAUCAGUCAGGGACCUGUAAAGUGACCACAGUUAUUCAGAUUAUGGAGCUGGAUUCAGUAAUGAUACAUGACCACAGUAUACAGUUUCCCACCCUGAGUGUGACGUCAUAUAAAGAUGUCCACUGUGGAUAUUCAAUCCAUGAGAUAGAAGAAUCUUGGUGCAUUUUCCCUCUCAGCAGAGUAAAACUAGGCUGUCUGGAGGACCUUUUAAGUCUCUGUUUGACAGAGUCCUUGCUGGUAAAAGUUCCUGGUACUCUGGGUGGACACUGGUUUUGUGCAGGAUGAUGAUAUGUUUUUUGUGUCAGGAUCAGCAGAUCUGGACUGAAGAUGAAACAGAACCUGCUGGUUCCUACUGCUCUGUGUUGACUGUCUCUGUUCACCUGUCUCAGGUACGUCAGGGAGAAGACCCAGACAGAUGUGGACAUGCGUGUGGGCGUCCACAGCGGGACGGUUCUUGGAGGAGUCCUGGGUCAGAAACGAUGGCAGUACGACGUCUGGUCCACUGAUGUCACUGUGGCCAACAAGAUGGAGGCUGGAGGGAUACCAGGGUGAGGACUGAGCAAACCCACUGAAAAGACAGUGUUGCAUACAGAUGGGCGGGGCUUAACUCUGACCUCUUCACAGGUUUAUGGCUAGAUCCUGGUGUAAAUAAAAAUAAUGGUCUGUAGACUUCCUGCAGGACUACAACAAAUACAGUUUGUAAUGUGGUAUCAGUGGUGUCAGUUUUUGUCCAUAUUGAGCCAUCAUAGUAUACAGCCCAGUCAGACAGACCUGGCUGAGUACUUUAGCCUUUUGUUUUCAACCUUGAUCCAACAGUCAGGUGACAUUGAAUUCAAGGAUUCAAGAACCUUUAUUGUCAUACCCCAUGGCCCAAGCUUCAAUGGGGCUCUAAGCAAAAUGUGAUUUUGGGGCCCUCUAUUUCUGCCAAUAAUAUUGAUUGUUGAUCAUUCACACACCUUCACAAAUCUCUUUGAUUAACAUUCCCUGACAUGCAAACAUACCUUAAUCUUGGCGUUUUUUCUCUUCUUCCUCUUUCUUUUCUCUGCUCCUGAAGGAUAUGUCCUUUUUUGCGACAUUUUUUUGCCCCACAACUACCUGCUCUUUGGAUGCUCAGUGCACAUUACACAGCAGGAGGCACAUAAAGGUAGAGGAGCUUUGACAUAUCGGCAGUAAGAAUCUUAGGCCUACAUCAGCAGCAGCACUAAAAUAUUUUUACUUUAUUUUUACAAUGUUAUAUAUUUGAUCAUAUAGAAAGCAUCACUCAUGCCAAAAAUAAAAAUACUAAAUUUUCUUUUCUUUUUGAUUGCUCUUGGAGGCCCCCUAUUUGCUGCGCGGCCCUAAGUUGACGCUAAGUUGGCUUAUGCCUUGGGCCGGCUCUGGUUUCGCCUGACACAGUUUGUGGUACGAAAUUAGUACCCAGGUCCUUUUCCAAGCCAAAAAUACAUUAUAUUACAAGAGCAAUCAUAAAGCUGUUAGAGCAAAAAUACAAACACAAGCGCAAAAUGUAAACAAAUUAAGUAAAGGCUGAAAUUAGCCCUGUUGCACUAAAUUUUUCACAUGAAAGCAGCACCUUGGUUGAUAAAGUCAAAAGGACUCCUAAACUCAGAAACUUGGACCAUCUGAGGAGCACAUGAAUGCAGCACCAGUGGUAGACAACACACAUGACACCACUGUUAAGGAUGAGGCUGAGCCUAGAAUAUUCUGGACCUGAAACCGGGUUUGAAAUGGCUGAAAAAUGUCUCACCAGAAGUUUGGAAAACAGGAACAGCAGGGACACAGCGAGUGUAAAUCGCAUCUUCUUAAUAUUUCUAAACAGCUCUUAUUGUGUGAGUGGUAUUGUAUGUAACUUUGCUAUCUCUCUUUUUCCUUCAAUGAACUAAAAGACAUUUUUCAGUUUUGCAAAAAAAAAAAAAAAUUUUUUCUUUUUUGGAACAGGUGGAAUUCAUACUGUGUAAUUUCAAUUGUCCCUGUCAACUAAAUCAUGAUAUCAGUGAAUAUGUAUUUAGACAUAAGCUUGGCUGAAAAAAAUUAGCUGGUCUUUUAAAGGAGUGGAUUUUACCUGAGUGUCAUCAAUCUUUUUAAACUAACUGUUAAAUUACUGUGAACUGAGCUUCAAAUGUUUCACACUGACCCAACCUAAAGUUUCCUACAUGUCACAGUUAUUAUCAAUGUCGACUGUGUGUGUGUGUGUGUGUGUGUGUGUGUGUGUGUGUGUGUGUGUGUGUGUGUGUGUUUGUCAGGCGUGUGCACAUCUCUCAGAGCACCAUGGAGUGUCUGCAUGGAGAGUUUGAUGUGGAGCCCGGAGACGGAGGUGAGCGCUGCGACUACCUAAGAGAGCGCGGCAUCGAGACGUACCUGGUGGUGGUUCCUAAAGGACCUGUGGGCAAGAAUGGCAUCAAUGGGGUGGUGAGUACACCCUGAUGAACACGCACACACACAUAUACACACAGUUAGGAUUAUUUUCAGGUAUCUUUGAAUCUACUCAGGACUCUUAUCAGAACUUAAUGUUCCUUGUUUGUGUUUUUUUUUUUUCUUUGUUUGUUUGUUUACAUCAGAAGCUGUCUGUGACAUCAUCCAAUGGGAACUCUCCAUUGUUGAUUAACACCACCGAGUGUAACGGCAGUGUGAACACAGCUUGCACAACACCUGAGGAGGCCGAGGAGCUGGACACAAAGGUGAGAUAGAGAGAGGUGAGCUCAGACAGGUAAAGGUGACAGGUGUCAGGAUCCACAGGAAUAAAGGCAAAGAAAACCUGAGUGAAACAGAGCUCAGGUCACCCAGGAUAACAGACCAAAAGAGAAAGAGCAGACAGACAGCAGUGAUUUAGCAAACUCUUCCUCAUUUAUGAAACAGGCUGAACUUGAUGCAGUGGAGAUAGCCAGCAUGUUGGGAGCAGUUCGGAUGAAGCAAACCGAUUUUACAAACCUGCUCCUGUAAAACUGUAGUUUAAGUUUGCCUGUGCUCCUCAGGUGGUGAAUCCCUCCUUCCCAAACCCUCGGCGGAGGCUGCGGCUCAGAGACCUGGCCGAGAGAGUGAUUGAUGCUCAGGAGAACGAACAGGAGCUGAACAAGCUGCUGAAUGAGGCUCUGCUGGAGAGAGAGACCGUGCAGGCGUAAGAAACACUGCUGUUAUAAAUUUAUUCAACCUUUUAGUCCCAUUGAGGUUAGAUAGGAGGAACCUGAGAGAACUACAGCACAGUUCACAAGCAUGAUCGACCAGAUCUGAUCUGACAGAUUUCCCUGAAAAUCAAAUUCAUUUCAUGACUCCGGCUCUUUCUUGAAUUCCAGGCUUUAUUGAAUCCCACUUUGUUCCCUUAAUUUGUUGUACUAUUUGCUGGCUCUACCUUGUACUAUUUUGGGCUGUGAAUAACUCACACGUUCAGAAGUCUCUAGAAGCUUUCUCCAGCAGGGUAAGAAUAUCGUUAACACCAGAGUCGACUACACAUGUCCUCUUUCUCACUGAGUUGUCAGUUUAGCACUUUAGUCGUGAGUUCUUGCACUGUGGUUCACAGCACUCCUCCUCUGACUGGGAGCCUUUGGUGUCUUAUUUUGGUGUGUUCUUUGUGACCUCUGGAUCAGGCUUUUAGUGCCUAACAUUAGUGAGAAAUUCUGCAGGUUUUCCUUUUAAACACAGAGGCAGCUUUUGUUUCUUGGAGGUCUUACAUUGUUUCAGAUGUGAAUAAUACUCUUAGAAAUGUAACAGUAGUUUCUAAUGUGGGUCUCCUGUGUGCUCAGUCUGAAGGGGAAACACACAAACCGGCUCUCGUUGAGAUUUGUGGACCCGGACCUAGAGACCCGGUACUCUGUGGAGAAGGAGAAGCAGAGUGGAGCUGCGUUCUGCUGUUCCUGCAUGGUCCUGCUCUUCACGUCCACCAUGGAGGCGCUCAUAGACCCCUGGUCAGAAACACCCUCACACCUCUGUAUCCAUGUGUUUGAUUAAUGUAACCCCAGAGCUGAAUUUCUUCUCCUGGUCUGACAGGCUGAUUGCAAACUACAUCACGUUUGCUGUGGGAGAAGUUCUGCUGUUGAUCCUGACAGUCUGCUCUCUGGCGGCCAUCUUACCCAGAGUGAGUCACAGCAUCUCUUCAUACUUAUAAACUCAGAUUUUACUGUAGCCUCCUUAGGAAGUGUCUGCAUCAUCUCUGAGACUCACUGAUGAAGGGUCAUGUGUUCAGACAAACGUCAGUGGAAUGUGCACCACGUUUCAUGAGGGGGGUUCUGACAAAUUUUCAUUAAUGUACAGUGAGAUUCUGUGGAGUCCUGGUAGUCCAGUUCUUGAGAGAUGCUCGAAUCUCUGAAGCAAAGUUUCCAAUUGUCUCAAAAUCUCUAGGUAUAUUUUACUCAGAAAGAGAGGAAGGGAUGCCCUUAAAGUGUUGAAAGAGAGAAGGGACACCCUCAAAUGCAGGAGGAAUAGCAUUAUCAGAGGGAAAGAGCCAGGCGAUGUGCCAUUUAGAUUAGUGGCUCAAUAGUACAGGUGGAAGUUGGGGGGGGGUAAUCAGCUGAAGAAGUUAAAAUAGUAUUCACUUCCCUCCAAAAAAAUAAAAAUAAAAAAAAAUAAAAAAAAAAGACAGUGAAGAAAAUAUGACAGCAUGUAUUGGGAUGUGGUAAACACUUUCAAGUUAUGUUUGAUAAUAAUUUUCUUAUUUAUACAGCACCUUUAUAAACAAAGUGCUUUGACAUAUGAGCAAAAAAUGUACGAGGAACAAAUUCAUAACCCAAAACCUGGAGAAGUAUCAGUUAAAGACCAAGACACCGGACCAGAAAAAUGAAAAGGACUACAAGAGCAUCAAUCAACCCUCAAACAAACAGGGAGCCAGCGUAGGGAGAACCCAGAAGACCAGUUCCAAGAAAACAGUACGCUACCAACACAACAGAAAUAUUAGAGAUUGUGUUUAAUGUGCAACUUCAAUAACAAGUUGAAUUAAAAGUGUGUUACUUUACAAGAAAAAAUGAGUAAGUCAUCCAGUGUUAAUGUAAAUGUAAUCUUCAGGUUUUUUACAGCCUGUUCAGAUCGUGAGAGAACAAGUCAGCUGAAAUAUUAUGCCCAUAUCACAUUGUUGUUUUUUUUUUUUAGUAAAAUACAAUUUAAUAGGACUGACAAAUAAUAAUAAAAAAGUUCUGAACAUGACUGAACAUUUUUAAAAAACUUUGACUGGAAAAUAUUUGGCUCAGUAAAAAAAAAAAAAAAGAGAAGGAUGGCUGGACACGGAAGACGAAGGUUUUUAGCAUGUCCAUGUGGACAAUAAUGAAACCAAAAAUGACCUGUUUGAAGUGAGCCAUGAUGAAGCGCUAUGAAAGGCUAAGUGAACACCAAAGAAAUGACACGAGUGUGUAGUACGAGUGUUUAACUGAGGAUGAGUCCCUUCAGAAGUUACUGAAAGGGAAUAUUAGACAAAUAUGUUUCCAUUCUGGUCUUGUAUCAAUCCUAGAGAAUUCGGGGUGGAUUGAACAUCAAAUAUGUGUGAUCAGUCAACUCCUAAAACCCUCAUGGCCAUGCACUUUGAAGUACACUGAGGAUUUUAGCACUUCUGAUCAUGAUGGUUGUAUGAGAAUCUGACGAGGUUUGCGGUCAGACCAGAUGAGGACUGUACACAACAAAACUCAGAAACUCAGAACGAACCAGAGUUAUUGUCGGAAACAUCUUAGUUUAGGACCCCAAAAGCGAAAAACAAGACCUUGAAUACUUACAAUGAGUGAAAAAGUAUGCCAGUGGGGUGAGUAUUUGUGUUUGACAAGUUUCCUGAAUCAGGACAUUAUUCUUGUUUUGUCUCGUUUUAUCUUCUUGUGUUUAAAUGCUGCAUGUUGUAAAAUACACAGUGGUGUGUAGUGUACAGACUUAGUGCAUGUACAGUUGGUUUGCAUUAAGUGGAGCUUGUGAUUUCCCCUGCGUCAUGGAAAGUCAGAUGUAUUGAUAAUCAUCAUCAGCUGCAGAGAGCUGAGGUCACACAUGGACACACAGUCAGCUGAUCAAUCAAACACACACACACACACACACACACGCACACACGCACACACACACUCAUCAAUAUGAGCUGUGAUAUGACAGAGCCUGAGGCCUUCAGGAACACUUCGGCCCAUUAACAGAGACACGUGUCUGACAGUGAUCACUGUCAGCAGAGCUCUGUCGAUGCUGAAUGUUAGUAUUGACAGUUCAAUCAACAACAUGUGUUCAUUAUUACUGUUUCAAUGGCUGUAUUCCCCCAGGAGCCCCAGGUCAAGGUUAUCUCUGAGUUUAAUAAAGUUAUGUUGAGAUCAGGACAUGAGGGAAAGCUGUUGCUACCUGAACUGUCUCGGAAACCCGAUUUGUACUACGCAUGUGCAAAACGUACAUCACUUCCUCUACUAGCCAUCUUUGCAACAGCUCAGCAAUUCUUUGCCCCUUGCAGUUUGCGACAGCUUCAACACUUGUUCGACAGCUUCAGCAUCAGCGAGCUCACUUCAGUCAGAAUGGAUGCUUCAGUUUAUCACCAGCUACACACUUUUCUCCUGAACAAAGUGCUCCCCCCCACUGAAGCAGAGCGCCAGAAAGUUAAGAGAAUGGCGCUCAGUUUUACAAUUAAAGGUUACUACUACUAGCUUAAUUGUUAAAUUGUAACGUAGUUAUAAAAGGCUUGAAUGAAUGUAAAUAUUUCAUUGUUGAAAUUAAAACGCUGUAUAAAAACGCUGAAAUUCAUUGUCCAUAAUGUGUACGCUUCUCGUUAAUAAAUUCAGUUUAUAAAAUAAAUAAAAUAAAUAAUUUUUUUUUUGUUAAAAUAAAGAUACUGGUCAUGUGAUUCAUAUGCAAAUGUUCAUCCCCUCCUGCCGAGGCGCAUUAGCCCUGGAGCCUCCUGCUAGCUAGCCUGUCACAUUGCCAGCUGGUUUCUGAAAUCGAUCGGUUGUUUAAAUAAAGUUUUGCACUUGCGCAGUAUGGAUUGGGUAGGUAGCAACAGCAAUGCUGUAAAACGCAAUGAAAUACAAGUAGAGUAAGUGACGUAUGUUUCGCACAUGCACAGUACAAAUCAGGUUUCCGGGACAGGUCUGGUAGCGACAACAGCUGUUCGUGAUUAACCCUCCUCCUCUGCAGGGAUCCUCUCUGUAAUGCUGUCAGACUUUUAGAAACACAGGCUGAGAAAAACAAGAACUUUUAGUGACACACUUUGAUCUUUAAAGUUGACAUUAAAAUCCUGGUCAUCUUCCAGUUGACCAGCCCUGAGAAUCUGAAAAUAGAAAGGUCUUGAGAGUCAUUUAACUCCAUCAACUAUAUCAGGGUUAAAGACCUGGUCCGUAUUCUUCACUGAAGUCCUAAUAUUCAGCAUUAUUCACUGACUUUGUUUGUUUGUGUUUGUCUCUCAGGUGUUUCCAAAGAAGCUGGUGUCUUUCUCUACCUGGAUCGACCACACCCGCUGGGCUCGUAACACCUGGGCCAUGGCAGCCAUCUUCAUUCUCACCAUGGCGGACAUCAUGGAUAUGGUGAGCUGCUCUCUGUCCUUUAUGACAAAUGAACAGCUAGACUUAUGCCUGGAUCAUAUGUUACUGUGGGGGAUUAUUUGUAUGACCUAUACUGCAGUCAGUCAGCAGGGGGAUCCCUGAAUAUUUGGGCUUCACUUUUGGGGAGUUGUCAUGUUGUUCAUCUUUCUAUUGCGUUAAAGCUCAAAGGUUUCACUGUAAGGCAGUAAUCUUUGUAUUUAGGAGGAGCUGACUGAAGGAUGUCUGUCCCUCCAUAAAUUCUGGGUUUGCUGUCUUCCUCUCUCAGAAUGGUCCAGACUGCAGCAGCUGAAGAAGAAGUCCGCUAAUGUUAGAAAUUAAUAAUCAAAGAUGAUCUCUCUCUCUCUCUCCUCUGCAGCUGAGCUGUGUGCCGAAAGACCCAAACUCAAGCAGCCCCACGAUGGCCCCCCCCUCCUCCUCUUCAUCAUUCUCCUCGCCUUUCUUUUCGUCUUCGUCCCCUUCCUCCUCCUCCACCUCCACCCAGUCAGGCCAUGACGGCUGCCUUGAUAACCCUAAAUACUACAGCUACAUGGCUGUCCUGGCUCUUAUGGCCACCACCAUGUUGGUUCAGGUGAGUCACAUGGUGAAGCUCACACUGAUGUUGCUCAUCACCGUGGCAACUGGCAUUGUAAACAUCUACAGCUGGAGGGACAUCUUUGACCUCUACGACUCCACCCGCUUCCAGGACUACAGGUGAGAGGAGGCGAAGUUUAUUGUGGUUCAUUAUUGUUACAGUCAGUGCAAACAGAAACUCCUGACCCCCUCUGUUUUCAGGUCCUCCCUGGUUCCCUCCAAGUUCACCAUGUCGGUGAUGAUCUUCAUCAUGAUGGUCAGCUUCUAUUAUUUCUCCAGACAUGUAAGUCCACGCUGUUUAAAAAAUUUAACAAGUUUAGCAAUGCAGUCAUGGUGUGUUCAGGGUCAUCAGGGUUGCUCUGUGUCUGUGGCAGACACAUGUCGGUUGAAUAUUCCAUGAAUAUUGAUGUUCUCUGACUACAUCUGAUGUUUUUAGUAUGUUAGUCUAAAAAUGAGUCCCAGGUUCAUGUUUCUCAUCUUGUGUCCUCAGUUCUUCUUUCCCCAACACACUGUAAACAUGAGUGAACCCAGCAGACCAGUUUCUGGAGUUUGAAAGUAAAAUCUAAAGAAUUUUAGCUGCUCAACAGUUCAGGGUCAUCUUCUUCCUGAAAUAUGAAGGUCUUCCCUGAAAAUGUCUUUAUCUGGAUGGCAGCAGAUGUUGCUCCCAAACCUGUAGAUAUUGCUCAGCAAUAAUGGAGCCUUCACAAAUGUGAAAGAUAACCAUGACAUGGACUCUGAUGACCCCCAUACCAUCAGGGAUGCUGGCUUUGAACUGAGAGCUGAUCAGCUGGGUAGUCCCUGUACUCUUGCGAGAAAAGGAUGCAGCGUCCAUGAUUUUCAAAAAGAAAGUAACAUUUUGAUUCAUCAGGCCACAGGACAGAUUUCCUCUUCCCCUCAGUCCACCUUAAAUGGGCUCAGGUCCAGAGAUGUCUCUGGUGUUUCUGGAUCAGGUUUCUAUCUGGUUUCCUUUUUGUAAGGAUCAGUUUUAACCUUGUUUGUGGAUGCAGUGAUGAACUGUGUUCACUGAGGAUGAUUUUUGAAAGAGAUUUUUAAGCCCAUGUGAGGAUUUCCACCCUAGAGUCCUGUGCAUUUGAGCAGCUGUUAAAAUGAAAUGUUGUACACUCUGUACUGUUGGGGUCAGCAGUAAAUGUACCCGUAAUGUAGUCAUACUGCACCACUGACCAAACAAAGUCACUACUUUGCUGCUGUAUGUGUAUUUAGGGGGGCAUGAUUAAAACAGUAAGAUGAGCCGUCAUUGGUGGGUUGCUGCUUGCUCUUCUUGCAGGUGGAGAAACUUGCCCGCACUCUGUUCCUGUGGAAGAUCGAGGUUCACGAGCAGAAGGAGAAAGUUUACGAGAUGAGACGCUGGAAUGAAGCUCUAGUGACCAACAUGCUGCCUGAACACGUGGCUCGACACUUCCUGGGCUCCAAGAAGAGGGACGAAGUGAGAGAACUCAAUCUUUUUUUUGUUUUCAUUCUGCUGGAGGCUCAUGACAAAGCAAAGUGUGAAGUCAUAAGGUUUUAUUCUGCUCCUCACUUUGGGUUCAGCUGGAGCAGUUACAAACACCAGCGUGCCCUCUCUCUGGUUUAUUCAAACCAACAUUUCAUCUUCCCACUUGGGUCUUGUUGCUUCUCUCACAGUUUAAAUCUGACGUGUUUUAAAUCUUUUCCACUUCAGGAGCUGUACAGUCAGUCGUACGAUGAGAUCGGGGUCAUGUUUGCCUCCAUCCCAAACUUCUCUGACUUCUACACUGAGGAGAGCAUCAACAAUGGAGGGAUCGAGUGUCUCCGCUUCCUGAACGAGAUCAUCUCUGACUUUGACAGCGUGAGUUUUUUUAUUAUUAUUAUUAUUGUCCUGUUCUUAAAAAGAAUGAAGGUUAUAGGUUAAUAUGUGUGACCUCUGACCCCUGCUGUCUGUGUCAGCUGCUGGAUGAGCCCCAGUUUCGCUGCAUCACUAAGAUCAAGACGAUCGGCAGCACCUACAUGGCAGCUUCAGGAGUCACUGCAGAUGUCAGCAACGGAUACAGCUGCAUGAAGGUUUGCACACCACAAAAACUCCUCCCAACUGUCAUAGAUCACAGUUGAUUAUUUUCUGAGUGUAAUAAAACCCAGCUCUGUAGCUGCUUUCCCCAAAGUGAAGAGUUUUUACAGCAGGAGUUGGUUUUGCCGUAGUUUGACCUGUCAUUUGUUUUAUUUUAAUCAGAAGGAGGAGCAGACCGACAGAGAGCGCUGGCAGCACCUGGCUGACCUUGCAGACUUUGCUCUGGCCAUGAAGGUCACUCUGAUGAAUAUAAACUACCAGUCCUUCAACAACUUCAUGCUGCGAAUCGGUAUGUCACAGAGACUCCCUCAUUUCUGUCUGCAUGCUCUGAGAGAAUCAAAAACUGAAACCUAACAGGAAGUCUCUGGAGUUAAGGUCUAAAGAGGGCUGUGAAGAGCUUUGGCAGAGUAUCAGGGCCACACUAAGGUUUGAUUUGAUUUGAUUUAUUUGGGUUCCCCAUUAGCCUUGGCCGAGCCUCAGCUAUUCUUCCUGGAGUGCUAAGGUUGAAAGGAAAUUAUGAUUUUGAGAAUAAAUUUGAAGGUAUAGGAAUAAAGUCACAAGUACAGUAAACAAAUGAGGAAUGUGGAGCUUCUCGUGAAAUUAUACUUCAAAAUGAGUUUCAUAAAUACAUGAAUAUUAAAUCUUUGAGAGCAUCAGCAUCAUAGCCUCAUGCGGAUCAGGAUUCUGAAUCACUGAGUCUGAUAUGAAGACAGGAAGUCUGUGCCUGCUCUGUGACUUUACUGCAGGCAGCUGCUCCUAUCAUCUCUCUCUAUAUGUUGUCUUAAUCAACCAUCUUGUGUGUCCUGCAGGUCUGAACAAAGGUGGGGUGUUAGCAGGAGUGAUCGGGGCCAGGAAACCUCACUACGACAUCUGGGGAAACACUGUGAACGUGGCAAGCCGCAUGGAGUCCACAGGGGUGAUGGGGAACAUUCAGGUACUUAAACUCUACUUCAUUGCUGGACCCUAAUCAAUAAAUGAGAGUGGGGUUAAAGACUAAGAGGAGCAGGUCAGAUCAGAAACGUUUGGAUGCAGAUAAAGCCGAGGUUGAUUAAGUAUCGUCAUGAGUGAGAUUCACCAAAGACUCUUAUGUUCAUCCUCUAAAGCUAUCCAAAAGUGGGGUCAGCACCACCUGUGGGCAUAAUGGUGUUUUUAAUGCCCUUUAAGUCCACAGUAGCACUAUUAGCACAGGAUUAGUAUCAUGCAGGGACCUCAUAUAGUCUUAAUCAUGAGUUAUGCACCUCUAGUGUUGGGUGUUGGUGAAUUCACACACUGCAAAUUUUUUGUUUUUAACCAAGACAAAAAACUUAGAUUUAUAAGUGUUAGAUAAUUUCUAAAUUUCUUAUUUUAAGUGUUUAACUUUACACUAUAAUCUUAUAUCAAGCACAACCUUAUCUUUUUUUGUCUUAAAUAGGCAGGAAUCUUAGAAUGAGGAAAAUAACUGUUAAAAUAAGUUAUAUUUCGGUCUUUCUCCCAAAGUCUCAUCAAAAGGAAUCUUGUUUUAAGAUUCAGUAACAAACUCAAGUUGCUUUAUUCAAGAGUCACACAAAAAGCAUCAAGAAAAAGAGUUUGUUGCGCUGAUUUCAAGCAUUUAAUGACCAAUGUUUGUAAAACUAGCACAGGGAAUACAAAACAGGAAACAGGCAAACUCAGUCACCCAAUACAUAAUACACAACACACCCAUACGGAUGUAAAUUCUAAAAAUGAGGACAGGCAUAAGGUUUUAAGAUUAAGUAAGCCUUGUUUGAAGAUAAGCCUGCUUGGGUUGAGACAGUUUAGUCAUUCUUCACUAGUACUGAGUAUUUUUUCUCUAAAUUUCUAUUUUUUUGUAUAACUAAUCUUCAGCUUGCUAUGCUAAAAAUAAGAAAACUAAAUAUGUAAUAGCUUAUAUUUAGUAUAUUUCACUUAUUUUGAGGCUGUAAAAAAGUUACCUUUUUAAGUUAUCUCACCUUAUGACAGAGGUAGCACGGGGGUGCUGCAGGUGGCACAUGUGCCUCACAGCAAGAAGGUCUUCGGUUCGAUCCAGGGGCAGGGCCUUUCUGUGUGAACUUUGCAUGUUCUUCCCAUACAUGCAUGGGUUCUCUCCGGGUACUCCAGCUUCUUCCCACACAGUAAAAACAUGCUCUGUGGGUUCAUUUGUGACUUUAAAUUGUCCUUCAGUGUAAGCGUGACUGGUUGUUUGUCUCUAUGUGGCCCUGCAAUUGACUGCGACUGAUUCAGGGUGUAAUCUAGACUCCAGCCCACCUGUGACCCCAAAAGGGAAAAGUGGUAUAGACAAUCGAUGAAUGGAUGGAUCUUAAAACCAGCAUUUUCUACUUAUACUACAUAUACUUAUAUUAAGUACAUUUCACUUAUUUUAGGGCUGUAAAAGUUUAAUUCCAAGUAAUCAAAUCUUAAAAAAAAGCAUAUUUGGCUUACCUUAAAGGGAUAUUCUGGCGUAAAAUUAAUUUAGGGUCAAACACACCACAACACCGAGUUAGACCCCCACCCCCCCGGAGAGAUGAAUGUUGUCAACCGCUUGCUUCUCUAGUUAUACCAACUUUAGUAACGACCAUACGAUAGCAAUACACAGUGGUCUCAGGAGCCACAAACAAACCUCAACCAAACGCCACUCUAUAGCUACAAGUAAUGCUCAGAACAGCUCCUAACUUCAUCAACAGUACAUAUAGGGUCCCAGGCAUAGUACUAGCCAUCAAACAUCUUUUUAGCGUUGCCUGAUUUCUUUAGCAAAGAGACUAAACACAACUCACCCACUCUCUUCCAGCAGCCGCUUGUUUGAAGCGAGACCUUGGGCCAGUCCAUUAUGGACUACAGCGGGGUGAUGCAGCUCAAGGAUAAACAUUUAUGAUAAUUUCUUCACGGAAAUGUAAUCAGACUAAGACGCUAAGGCAGUAGGACUACCGCGUCUGCAACACAAAAUGAUGAAUACGGUGGUUAUUACUUCAAAGAAAUGAUAAAGAAAUUGAUGGCUAGUACUGUGGUUGGGACCCUAUAUGUACUGUUGAAUCUGAUUGACAUGCACCUUCUUUUCUGAGAAAAACUGGGCAGAAAAACUGUCGACAGACUACAGCCUGCUGGAAACGGAUGAAAGAAGGACAUCCACAUCAAGUAACCUCCCACAGAGCUUGCACAUUCAAAACUUUACAACACACUUUGUUCAAUUCAUAAGGUUAUGUCUGUAAAACUGUUAGUAUUGAGCCAAACUCCUGACUGCUGCCUCUAAUAUCAGUAGCUGUCUGCACAAGUCAUUCCGUUGCCCAGCAACAAUACAGAAAGUGCUGCUCUCUUCAAUUCUACGCAAAAAAGACUCCAUGAUGCAGCUGGUGAUUGCAGGCAGCAUUGCUUCCAAAGGUCAUGAAUCUGUUUAAAGGACAGGAAAUACUCCUGACUCCAUACUGAGAAGCCUGUCAGCCAUCUGAUCACUCCUUAUCAACAGCAUGUCAAUGCCAUCCUCCUACACUGAGAGGAAGAGAGAUUCAUUGAUAUCAUAAUCUUUACCCUCAUUUUCAGACAGGCAUUUCACUCUAUGCUUUUAUUUGUUAUUAUAAGACAUAUUUCUAUAGUCCCUCAUGAGAGUGGUGGAAAAAGACAUGAGUUUUCAUCAUUGUUGUAACUUUUCCAUGGUGACCGCGGGUUCUUAAAAAGUCUUAAUGAGUCUUGAAAAGUCUUAAAUACAUUUUUACCAAUAACAGGCCUUAACAAGUAUUAAAUUGUCUUAAAUUCAGAUAGGUCUUACAUGUGCUUUAGUCACUUCACCGUGAGAAUUUCUGGUAAGCACAGAAUAAAUGCUAUUCUCAUCCCAUCUCGCCCUGGCAUGUAGAUCACAUGAUGCGAUGAGUCUGUGUCGCGUCCUUGCAAGCCAUCUUGGCUUUCUUGGUUGUGCAAAAUGGGAAAAUUCCAAUGACAAGUGGCUUGAAAACUUAGACCAUAGAUAUCUAAAAGAAAGGCUCGAUGGCUCAAGACAGAGUCACCAGCAUGCCUAUACUGCGGCCAUCUUACCACAGUAUCCAAUUCUGGUAUGCUCUCUGGUAGCUGUGGGAAGUCGAGUUAUCUGCAUAAUCAAAAAUACUCUUAACUCGCUGAAAUCUUGAAAGAUAGAUUUACAAAUGGUUUUGUUUAUUACAAACCUUAAUAACGUGGCUAUGAGUCAGGAUGCUUGGACAUGUUGAAAUUGCAGCUUUUCUUUAAAGGGGAAAAAAAAGACUAAAUCGUGCAACACAGUUGUUUUACAGCUAAUAUGAGCGCAAGGGCUAACUUUGAGUCAAUAUGCACGAGUUGUCAAGGCUGAGACCACAAUCGAGAUUUUAAUUUCUUAUAUGACAGCCUUUUUUUUUGUCUAAGUGACAGUUUUUGUGGCUGUGCUUGUGUUUAUCAGCUGUCUCACUGGGCUAACAGACUGGCUGUCAGCGAGACCAAGUACUUAUCACAAAUUUGACCCUGCAAUUUGACAUCAGUGGGAAAGGCAGAAAUGCUCUUUCCUUUAUUAACACAUUUGAAGAAUGUUAUUGAACAACUGAUUAUUUUCAUUUUUCCUUAUUGUAAAUUUUUAACUGAGAUCAAUGCCUUCACUUGUAAAAGAAUAUAUUUUCACUUUGGUCUGUAUUUCCAUCGCAAGUUUGGUCUUAAAUUUUCUUUAAGGUGGUAUUUUAGGUGCUAUCUUCAUACCUGUAGUCACCCUGUCCUUAUAUUUAAUCAUGGUCUUUGUGAUAUUUAGAGAUAAUUCCAAUGCUGUGUAUAAAAUGACCCAUAUGUAUUUGCUGCCAAAAUGCAAUCGAACCUUUAUUUAUAAUGUCUUCAUCAUUUUUAACCAGAUCAAGAGACGUUGAUUCAGACUAGGUCAAUAUCUUCAGAGGACAUCUGUGUGUCCAUGAUCCCUGUUCACACAGGAUCAGUAUUACCCGGAGACCUCUGAUCAUCUGUCAUAACUGCAGAUGAUGUCUGUGGUUUUUAUUUCAUACUAGUCAACACUGUCUGUAAUGUGCAAAGUCAAACUUUCAGGACCAAUCACCCAGUAUGUUUUAGGAGAAAACGGACACAUUUGCAGAGUCCUGCACAUCCAACCAAAAACUGUUUUCCUUAAUUUCUGAGGAAAGCACCUAACAAUCUAAAAUCUAUAUGGUGUGUGUGUGUGUGUGUGUGUGUGUGUGUGUGUGUGUGUGUGUGUGUGUGUGUGUGUGUGUGUGUGGCACCCGCAGGUGGUGGAGGACACCUACAACAUCCUGAAGGAGUACGGUUUCCGCUUUGUGAGGAGGGGUCCUAUCUUCGUGAAGGGGAAAGGCGAGCUACUGACGUACUUCCUGAAGGGACGAGACAAACAGGGUUCAUUCAUCAACGGCUCCUCCGUCACACUGCCCCACCAGGUGGUGGACAGCUAAGGGGCACAGACACACAGACGCACACGCUCAAAAAACAAAAACACACACAAACAUAAAAAUACAAACACAUGUUCACUGGAGAGAUAUAGAGUCCAGCACUGACUCAUCUAAACUGAAGAGAUUGAACACAGACAUGGACUCUGUCUCUCUCCAUGAACCCCACACCCAGCCAUCCACACACACACACCCACACUCACACACACACUCACACACACACACACACACACACUGGCUCACUCCAGUUUCAGUGCCAUCUCCUCCCUUGCGCUUACACUACCUGGAUUUUGGACUCCUGUCUCACCUCUGGACGUCUCCAUGAACCUAUGGACUCAGAUGAGCUGGGUGUGGACCAAUCAGAGGCCAGCAUUUGACACACACACUGACCUCACACCUGGCCCUGUGUCUCAGAGUGUGUGUCGAUGUCAUGGUGUGUGUGUGUGAACAGGUGAAGUCAAAGAUGCUGGUUCUGAACUAAAUCAGGGGUCAGGUCUGUCUGCUCAGCUGGAUUCUGGAACUUUACGCUCUGAUGAAGAACGACACACUGUGUGAAAGGUUGUGUGUUUGUGUUUGUGUGUGUGUGUGUGUGUGUGUGUGUGUGUGUGUGUGUGUGUGUGUGUGUGUGUGUGUGUGUGUUCAGGGGAGGAAGGGGCUGGAGUAUUUUCACACUGACUGACUGUGGAUAGAUGGAAGUGCCUCUCACAGCUGAUCAUCAUGUUUCAUUCAUCUGAAGAAUCCCACAACUCCCCCUACAGGCCAGAGGAUGCCCCCGUAGCUGUUAGAGGAGUGUUCCAGUUUAUUACAGAGAAGUCGGUCUGAAAACCAGAGUGCUGGUCAAAGUAUUUUUUCACAGUUUAGUCUUCUGUCACACCAGCAGUACAGACAGAUUCAGCUCAAAUGUUUUCUGUAGACAAAAGUGAAAUCCUAAGAAUGUUAAAAAGACAUCGGUACACUCAUUCCGAAAAAACCCUCAGUCUGCAGCAGACCAGACCCCCUGCUUUCCCAUAAUGAGCAUGGUGCUAACAUCCUGUUUUAUCAGGUGUUUACUGCCAUCUACUGUGCAAGAGUGUGAAGCAGAGCUAUAACCUACUUUAUAAUAACAAUAACAUAGGUUUAUGUAAAGCGCUUUGAGGAUUAAAAGGACAGUAAGCCCAGUAUGUCCAGCAAAUGUAGGUGCAGUUUCAACUGUGUCUCUUAUCCUUUACUCUCCAGUAAACAUAGAAAUUGACCAGCUUAUGUUAAAGCUCCUGUGAGGAACUUUCCGUGGGUCAACUUUGGUGCCCCCCUGUGGUUUAAGCAGUCUUUGCUUAUCUUGUCCUUUAAAUGCUCAUAUGCUUUUUGUUGAUAAAUAAUUAGGAGCACAGUUGGUCAAACUCUAAAAUGAAAACUGUCCUCAUUGAUGAAUCAAAUCUGCAGAUAACCUCUGAUUUCCACUGGCUGACUCAAAUGUGAUAAACUGGACUGCUCCUCCAACAGAAGACUCUAUGGAUGUAUAAAAGUGAAUGUGAUUUUAACAGAGUAAGUAUUUUAUUGUAUUUAUUGACGUCAUCAGAAAGAUACACUCAUUGCAGCCUUUCUCCGAUGUUUCCACAGGAUCAGUGUCAGUUGUGUUCCCUCCUGGUGUUAAUGUGAUGUUUCUGAUCAUGUAGUCCUCAGAUGGAAACACACGGUGAGAGCAGCUGAGCCAAAUAACCUCCUGUAGCAGCUUUAGUGUCCUUGUUUUGUGCCAUCAUCUCGGGUUCUGCCGAAACACACUCACCUGAUCCCAUUUGGCUGACAGGCAGCCUCACUGUGCUGGACUGUUUCAGGAUUAUUCUCUCCUCCACCUGCAUCAGUAUAUGCCUGUACCUGUACCUGUACAGAUGUCAUGUUUAACACCAGGUGGAGACAGGCUAAACUUCAUCUGUUUGUCUUUAUUUUCUGCAGAAACACACACAGCUGGUACACACAGGGUAAAGCGGGGUGCUGGUGAGUGUGCUGCCCCUCAUAGGCAUGCAGUAACUCCACAGGCAGUGAAACAGAGAAAAUACCUGUACGGUUUUAGGACUUGCCAGACGAGUAUGUCAUAAGAAGAUCUGUGUAAAUUCAUUUCUGUGAGGAUUUUUCUGCUUACAUUUUCAUGCAGAAAAAUCAUCUCAGCAAUUACCAUGAUGUGACCCAUGACCCCAGAAUGCAGAUACUGCUGUUGGACUACUAUUAUAACAACUCUUUUGGUUUUGGAAAGGCAGAACACAUGAUUUAAAAUAUGAAUGUAGUUGUUUCUGUUCCCUGCUUUUAGUCUUUCAAAUGUUCUCAGCCAGAUCUGAUAGUUUUCAUCCAGGGAAAACCUCCAACAUCUUUCUGUGUGGCUGUGCAUCUCACACAUGACUGUGCUGGGAGCACGGACUGCAGUUUGGCUGUUACAUUACAAUUCAUUAUUAUAUUAUAUAUACUGUUAUAUACUAUAACACAUUUAAUGACAGUUGAUUGAGCUCUGGCUUUGUUUGGCUGUGAGAAAAAGCAUUUUAGUGUUACUGCAAAUUUAACAGUCUUUCUCUGUAAAGUCUGAAGUGACAGACUUUAACAGGUGAUAGAAUAGAUGUCACAAAGUCCAGCUGCAGUUCAACUGAGAUUUUAAUAAAUGUGCAGUCAACGUUCACAGCUAUGUAUGCCUCUGCAGGGCCACUAAAAAACUAAAUUAAGGUCAGGAAUUAUUUCAACUAUUUUUUUAAGUUAUAAAUCCCAAAUUAGAUUAAAAAACUCAAUUUGACUUUUCAAUUUAACUUCAGAAUUUGGAUUUCUUUCCCCCAGGAUUGCCCCCCAAAAGUCAUAACUUUGACCUUUUUUGUUUUCAUCUCAGACUUUUUAGGAAAAAAGUCUGGUGAAAGUGGUAACCCUUUUUAAAAUGAUUCAAUAUUUAGUUGCCUGAAUCCUCAUCUGGCCCCCACAGACCUGUACAGAUUAAUACUAACUCUUGCGCUUGAAGACUUUGGAGUUUCAAACUUGAGUCCACUUUUUCAUACAAAUUAUUGAAGAUCUUCUGAUGGUUUAUAUGGACAAAGUCAAACCUUUGACACUUUUGUCCUGUACUUGAAGUAGUCGUUUAGCCAAACACUCUCACAGUGAUUUCUUUUAAUGUUUAGUGAAGAUUUGCUUGGGGAAAAGUAAAGAGUAAAGUCAUCUGGCCUGACACCUUUCUAUUCACAGAUCUUUAACACAUUCCAAAAUGAAGAAAAUUGAACCUGUUGCCGAUGGCCCUUUUUGCUUUUGUACUUUGUCAUGCUUUGUCAUAGACAGGCAUCAGUGUUUAUCUUAUUUUAUCUUAACCAGCUACAGAGCUCCUCACAGGAGCUUUAAAGACUCACACACACACAGAAAGCUCAAGUGUCUGCAGCAGAUUUCUAUUACGUCUCCAUGAUGGUGGACCAGAGUGUCCUUUAAAAGUUCAUUCACUAACUUUGUGCACCUGCUCAUCAAUCAAACCCAGAGUGGGUUCAAAAAGGACUCAGGUUUGAAAACAGCAGAGUUCCCCUCAAACAGCAGGAGUCCUCUCAGGCUCCGUCUUGGUCCCUAUGUACUCACAGUGAGAGGUGGACUCAUUUGAACUAGCUGCAGCAGAUUAUCAUGGUAUCAGAAGUGUUGAACACUACACACUUACAUGCAGGUCUGCAGCCUGUCUCUGUGUUUCAAAUGAUUGUGACGUCACACCAAAGCCUAAAGACAUGCUGGAAACUUUUAACAGGGUGGAUUAUUGAUGAUCUCUGAUCGGACAGAGGUGCCAUGCAGGAAGAGCAGCCCCCUCCCCCCCAUACAGGAAGCAGGUGUACUAUAUGUUGUGUAUGUAUGUAAUGAGGGGUGGGGGGUCUUUAGCUCUGUCCUGUUCUGAUUGUAGAGCCCCUCAGUGUUUAUGUAAGGCGGGGUCAAAGUGCAAUAGUUUCUUCUUCUACAAACCCAACUCUCUCGCUCUCUCUGAAGGCAGACGUCCAAUCAUUCCCUCCCUUUAACUCAUAUUUUUAUAAAUACAGAGUUUAGUUCUAUUUAAAGAAGACAGAGGUUGUAUAUAGAUUUUACAGAGAUUAGACCACCUGAUGUUUUCCUACAUGUGAACGUGCCAACGACAGAGGAGGUUUGAAAAGUUACAGCCACAGUGUGGUCCUCUGCGAGGUCCUCGGCUGGAUCCUGCUUUGUAUUUUCAAGAAUCUCAGGCUGGAAAAAAAGCACCUUGAAAAAUGUGUCUUGGUCUUGGCUCUGGUCCUGGUCCUAGUCCUAGUCCUAGUCCUGGUCUGUACAGACUUUAUGAACCCACAGGUAGUGAGGUGCAGUAUGACAGGUUAGCAGGACCAGGUGAUGGUUGGACAGGGUUUGAGUCUGUGCUCUUGGUUGUUGUUAGUUCUGAAUUUUUGUCUAAGUUUUAGUAGACUGAUGUAGACCUCCUGUAGGUCUAGGUCUGCACAGUUCUGGUUUCUGAGGUCCUCUCCAUCAGUGUACCCUCUUUCAUUUCAGUUGUUUGUCAUCAUAAUGUGAGUUGAUUAAAAAACUGGAAUAAAGGAA